AUGAACGACUACUACACCUUCUUGACCACUCUCUACAUACCUUCUUCAGCAUUGAAGCACCCGCCUCCAGGAGGAUGGCCGAACAUUACUGCGGAUGCGACAAAGAGUCUGGAUAAAUCGCCUGUUGUCAUUGAGGUCAUGAAGCAUUUGCCGUACAUCGAUGAGGCCGAGUCUGGCGAGAUGAUCACGAACAUUCACUAUAAGAGCGACGUGGUGGAUUACUCCACAUACAAGGAAGAGGACUUUAAGAGAUAUGAUGUAUCGUAUGGAGAAGACGGACUCAAAGUUUGCAUUGAGGAGAUGGAGGAGCGGAGAAGAGAAGAAGAAGAAGCAGAAGAGGAGGAGGAGGAGGAGGAAGAUGAGAACAACAACACCAUUGAAGACGAAGAGAACAACACCAACGAGGAUCCAGAGGACAGCGAAGACGAAGACACCAACAGCGACAACGAGGAUGCACCUCAUGACGAAGGUUACAGUUCCGACGAAGAAGAAGACUACGGCGACGACCCCGACUCCGUCGACAUAAAAGACAUCCUCCUCCUAUCCAUGGGCUACGAAUCCGGCGGCCGAAUCCUCCUCCUCGACGUCCACAAAGGCACCAUCCACGAAGACAUAGUUCGCUGCAACCUCGUCUCAGGCGUAUGGAUAGAAGACUUCUUCGACGAUAUGAAGGACAAGCUCCGGAGGCUGGAUUGCGUGCCCGUAAGAGGCGAGUUCUACGAGGGCGUGCCUGAGGUGGAGGAUGAGGGGCCGGUGCCUGAAACGGCGGAUCCGUCGAUGGAGGAGCAUGACGAGGAGCAUGUGAAGGUAUAUAAGAGGAUUUAUCGCAGGUUUGGGUGGCCCGGGGAGGGGUAUAGGAAGGAUGAGGCGUUGGAGGCGGUGGAGAAGUAUCGGGUGAGUGCUUGGGGUUAUUGA